AUGACCCGAAACGAUAUCCUGGCCGAGAUCAUAAAUCUCCACAGACCAGACCUAAAACCUUUCGAAGAGAUCUAUCGACAUCUACACACCGAACCUGAAUUGUCAGGACAGGAGGAGCAAACCGCCAAAAUAGCAUCAGAUCAUCUGAAAGCCCUAGGGUUCGAGGUCCACACAAACAUCGGCGGCCAUGGCGUAGCAGGCGUCCUCCGCAACGGCACCGGCCGAACAAUCCUCCUCCGGGCGGAUAUGGACGCAUUGCCCGUAAAAGAACAAACAGGCCUUCCCUACGCAAGCACUCGGUAUGCCAAAGCUAAAGACGGAACCCGCAAGCCUGUAAUGCACGCUUGCGGACACGACUCGCAUGUCACCGCCCUAAUGGCAGUCGCGACACUCCUACUGCGCUCGACACAGCACUGGCGUGGAACCCUGAUCUGCAUCUUCCAGCCGGCGGAGGAAGACCUAGGCGGCGCCCAGGCAAUGCUUGAUGAUGGACUAUAUGACCUUAUCCCGAAACCAGACCUUGUACUCGCGCAACAUGUGACGCGGAUGCGCGCCGGUACUCUCAGUCUGCGUGCAGGCCCGCUUCUUACAGCGGCGGACGCGUUCGAUGUCCGCGUAUUUGGACGUGGAGGACACGGGUCGGCACCGCAUACGACGAUUGAUCCCAUCGUCAUUGGUGCGGCGAUCGUUACGAAGCUGCAGACUAUUGUCUCGCGGGAGGUCGCGCCGGGAAAGCUGGCGGUCGUUACUUGUGGUAGUAUUCAUUCUGGCAGCUCGCCGAAUAUCAUUCCCGCUUAUUUGGAUAUGCAGCUGAAUGUGCGGACUUAUGAUGAGGAUGUGCGGAAGCGAGUGUGGGCCUCGAUCCAUCGUAUCAUCCAGGCAGAGUGUCAGGCUGCUGGUGCUGUGCAGAAGCCUGAGAUCAAACUUAUUUACUCGACGCCAUCCACCAUCAAUGAUGGGAUGACUAUCGAUGCUCUGCGUGAUACGUUUCAGCCGUACUUUGGGGGCAGGCUGGUUGAUAUGGAGCCCCCGACUGCUAGUGAGGACUUUUCUUUGUUGGCUACAGCCGUGGGUGCACCAUAUGUUAUGUGGAUGUUUGGUGGGACUGACCCCCAGACUUGGGAUGAUGCUGUUGCUAAGGGCACUGUUGAUGAGCUGCCCAGUAACCAUUCGCCUUUCUAUGCGCCGGUCAUCCAGCCAACUUUGCGUACAGCCGUGGAUGCUUUAGCACUUGGCGCUUUGACGUUUUUGAGCCGUGAGAUAGUAUCUAGAAAUCUAGAGGAAUGGUCGAUUAUCGAUUAUCCUUGA